GACUCCACGGAGCCAGAGUCACACCCAAGUGGGCACAUGGCAACCGAAAAACUACAGGAUGGGAAUCAGCUGAGUAACCCAACGGCUUUGUCUUGGAGACUCCUGUGCCCAAAGGAAAAUGUCCAUCCCUUCCAACAACGGGAGAGAAGGGGAGGCGACUCCCUGCUGCCCAGCAAUGAGCUGUCCUUGCACAAGGUGCAGCUCACUGCGCUAGUCCACCAGACGGUGCCCCUGUGCGCGGCCGCCAUGGCGCCUGUGCUGAUGCUGCUAGGUGGCUUCCUGCUGGCCAGCCCGGUGCGGGCAAGCGACGGCUCGGCCCCCACUACCAUCACAUGCCUUACAAGGGGAGUUGAUCUCAGAAAGGAGAGCGCAGAUGUCCUCUGUCCAGCAGACUGCCCGCUAUGGCAGUUCUAUGUCUUUGGGAAUGUAGUUUAUGCCUCCCUUUCCAGCAUCUGUGGAGCUGCCAUUCACAGAGGCGUGAUCACCAGUGCGGGAGGAAUUGUAAGAGUACAGACCCUGCCAGGACAAGAGAACUACUCUGCCAUAUAUGCCAAUGGGAUCCAGUCUCAGGUGCUCACUAGAUGGGCUUCAUCUUUCUCAGUGGCUGGGACCAAGAGUGGAGCACUUGAAGCAGCUGGACGACCACUAUCAACAGCACGCCCCUCUAGAGAUAAACGACUGAAGAAACUUGUUGAGAAAAAGGUUGGGAACAAAGACUGUAAAACGGAUAUUGCUUUUCUGAUUGAUGGAAGCUACAAUAUUGGGCAGCGUAGAUUUAAUUUGCAGAAGAACUUUGUUGGGAAAGUAGCUGUGAUGCUGGGAAUUGGAACCGAAGGACCACAUGUGGGAGUUGUACAAGCCAGUGAGCAUCCAAAAACUGAAUUUUAUCUGAAAAACUUUACUGCGGCAAAAGAUGUUUUGUUUGCCAUAAAGGAAAUUGGCUUCAGAGGCGGCAACUCCAAUACGGGAAAAGCCUUGAAACACACAGCUCAGAGAUUCUUCUCUCUGGAAAAUGGAGUACGCAGAGGGAUUCCUAAGAUCGUCGUAGUUUUCAUAGAUGGCUGGCCUUCAGAUGAUAUAGAAGAAGCUGGAAUAGUGGCCAGAGAAUUUGGCAUUAAUGUAUUCAUUGUGUCUGUAGCAAGACCCACAACUGAGGAACAGGGAAUGGUUCAAGAUGUUGGUUUUGUUGACAAGGCUGUCUGUCGAAAUAAUGGCUUCUUCUCUUACCAUAUACCCACCUGGUUUGGUACUACCAAAUACGUAAAACCUCUUGUCCAAAAAUUGUGUUCUCAUGAGCAGAUGCUGUGUAGCAAAACUUGCUACAACUCUGUCAAUAUAGCUUUUCUGAUAGAUGGCUCUAGCAGUGUUGGAGACAGCAACUUCCGCCUCAUGCUUGAAUUCAUCAGUAAUGUUGCCAAAGCCUUUGAGAUCUCCGAUACUGGUUCCAAAAUUGCAGCUGUGCAGUUCACCUAUGAUCAACGCAUGGAGUUCAGCCUCACUGAUUAUGCCACAAAGGAGAAGGUUCUCUCUGCUGUGCGGAGCAUUCGUUACAUGAGCGGUGGUACGGCUACUGGUGAUGCCAUUGCUUUCACAACCAGAAACGUGUUUGGACCUGUGAAAGAUGGACCCAACAAAAAUUUCCUUGUUGUUUUGACUGAUGGUCAGUCAUAUGACGAAGUUAGAGGUCCUGCUGCUGUGGCACACAAAGCAGGUAUUACAGUCUUCUCUGUUGGUAUUGCUUGGGCACCAUUGGAUGAUCUGAAAGACAUGGCCUCUGAACCAAGAGAGUCACACAAUUUCUUCACAAGAGAGUUCACAGGAUUGGAGCAGAUUGUUCCUAAUGUUAUUAGAGGCAUUUGUAGAGAUUUCUUGAACUCUAAACAGUAGAGGAAAGGCUGUUGGUCACUUUGUUGAAACUAAAUCAAGAAAGCUGGGAAGGUCUUUCUACAGUGCAAAUAUCCCAUUCUUUUAAUACUCAGUCAAAGUCUUGGGAUAAGAUACAAAGAAUCACACUCUGCUUUCUAAACUCAAAUAAAAGCUUCCAGUGACAUCAUUGCAAGUUUUGCUUGAUUAGGGACUGCAGGAUUUUGCCAAAAGCAAUUUUAAAUGUAUAUUAACUUGAAAUAUAAAUCAAGGGCUGUUAAGCAUACGUUACAUUUAAGGUACCAGAUAUCAGCUGUAUGUAUAUAGAGAAAAUACAAGGUAACUUAGCUCUGACAUUUGUGGGCUGUCAUUUGCUGAAUGUCUCCUCACAAACAAAAAUUAAUAUACUUUUAGGUAUCUAACACCUUGUAUACAAUAUAUACAGUUGAAGUUUCUUGAAUUAUUCCAAAAGGCUCUCUCACUAUUGUGAUGAAAAGACAAGACUGGGAACAUGUAGUUUUCACAGAAAUGUUUUCAGUGUUCCAUUUGUGCAACAGCUACUUCAGCUACUAUUACAAUGGAUGGUUUGUAAGAGGUUGUGUGUCAGAUUAAAGCAAUCUAUUGGAUGAGAGCUUUCUACAGCAAUGACACUAAUUUGGCUGGUAGAUCUGGUUUCAAAAGAAUACCUGGUCACUUUCAUCAGCUCCCAAGGAGUAAUCCUAUCAGAUGUUUAGGCCUAGAUCCUCAAAGGUAUUUAGACACCUAAUUCCCAUCAAUUUCAAUGGGAGAUAGUUUUGUCCAAGGCACAGAUGGUCAAAGCUAUUACACAUCUGUCUUCCUACUCCUAUUAAAGUCGAUGGCAAAAUUCCCAGUAAAUUCAAUGGGGCUGAUUUUCUCCACUAACUUGCACGUUGGGUAGUCAUUUACACGUGGGAGUAAAAUGCUACCAUACUUAUUCAAUAGUGUUUUACAUUGACAUUUUACAAGUGCAAAUGACGAGACAAAGUUCCAGGCAGGGCCUUAGAGACUUCAGUUGGAAUUGAGGGCAUACAGACUGACAUCCAAAAUGAGCUCAGAUCACUAACCUUAACUUGUCUAUAGUAAGUUACUCAACCAUGUGGAGGGGAGGUAAGUAGGAAGAAAGAAAGAUAGAGGAUAUCAUAGCCAGCAGGUGAUAACUUUUAGAGCAAUUCUUUAUGAAGCCACUUGAAACAGAUUUAAACCCUCAUUGUUUUUAAAAUAUGAAAAAUAGCUUUUGAAAAUCUCUUCCAUUUGAUUGUGUCUAUAUUUGCAUCCAUACAUGUGGUUAAAAUUAUUUAAAAAUUCAUUGUAAGGCAUCUAUCAAGUAUCUGAAGUGGACAAUACAUUUUGGCCCAAAUAUUUUUUUCUAAGCUGGUUCCUAGGUAGUAAGCUUUUGUUACCAAACCAGAGCACUUUCCUGUUCAACUAUCAGGCUGGGGUUUCUUUCAUUUUUCUCAUUUUGUGCUCUUGGUUGUAAAAUGCUAAGCAGUUACGAAUGAUACAGAAGGGAUCCUAUUUAUCAGGCUUUUUGUAGUGUAUAUUUUUAAUAACUUAUGACUGGCUAUAUAUUACACUAAACAUGAAUGGCAAGGAUGCCUUGUAUUUUUCUAUUAAUUGUUAUCCUUAAUUUUGUAUAUGUUUAUAGAUAUACAGUAUUCAGGUAUUCCUGUAUGAAUCAUCCAGGUAUUCAAAGUAAAAUAUCAACAUUGUGAAGACUAUAAACAUUUUAGCUCUCUUUUGAUAUGAAAAUACACAUACUGCAAGUAAACUUUUAGACUGAGAUUGCAGCUAGAUAUUUUAAUAUUCAGUAAUGCAAAAAGCAUUCUAUGUUGAACCCCCGUAAUACAUUUUGAAUACAUCAAUAAAGCAAACAUCAUAAAGAAU